AGUAUAAAAUAAAACAUGAAGACGACAAUAAGCAUAUUCGUGUCAAUUUUAUUAGUAUUAUUAGUAAAAAAUAAUAAAUCGUUGGAAAUAUUUAAGUGCAACAAUACAUGUAUAAAAACCGAUACACAUCCAGAAUACUACGUUGUGGAUCCAAAAGUCCGUCAUUUAAAUUCGUCGUUUUUCAAUAGCGGUAAUAUUUUGGUGGUAAUUGCAAGAGGUGGCAAACUCUCGAAUUUAAACACAGGGACGUUUAGCAAAUUAAAUGGCCUACGAAGAUUGUAUUUGGACGGUAACGAAAUUAAAUAUAUAAACUAUGGGUCAUUAAACAAUUUAUUUAUGCAGCAUUUAGAUUUGGGACUAAAUCAAAUUGUUGACGUCGAAACCGAAGCCUUAUCAAAGCUAAUUAAUUUACAAAGCUUGUAUUUACAUGGAAACAAGUUGACCACGUUUGAAUUUUCAUGGUUUACUGCGAACAAUGUCAAGAGUCCACUAAAAGUUAUAUAUCUGAACAACAACAACAUUCAGACACUUCAGAGAAAUACCUUUUACAUAUUUCCUAACAUAACUCAUAUUUAUUUGCAGUUUAAUCAAAUAGGUUACAUAGGAGAUAACACGUUUAACAGCAACGAUAAACUGGAAGUAAUUGAUUUAUCGUUUAAUCACCUAUCGAACAUUAGCCCUUUUAUAUUUCAAAACACGCCUGCUGUUGGAAAAUUUCUGAUAGCGUUCAACAGUAUAAGCUACAUCAACAGAGACCUCUUUAGAACCACCCACAUUAAAAGUGUUAGUCUCCACCCUAACCUGUGGAUAUGCUCUUGCUACCACGAUUUUAUAAAAGCCCAAGUAAACACAACCUAUUAUCAUCACUAUAAAUAUCCUUACUUGAAAACCAAUUACCACGAAGGUAAAGACAUCACGAUGUGUUAUUAUGAACUAAAAUGUAACGAAUUUAAGCAAAAAGAAACCGAUUUUUUUAGUGAAAAAUAUUUUAACCAUUUUAUGGAUAAAAUAAAGAAUAUUUAUCAAGAAGUUCUUUCAGAAAGCACUCAACUGUGUGAUUCGGAAACUGUUUGUCAAAAAUAUCAUGUUUGUCGUAACGGUAUAUGUUGGAAUUUAUAUCAGAAAUUUCAUUACAAUGUGAAAAAUGGAAUUUUUUUCUGGAAACAAUAAAUUGAUUUAAAAAGUUUUUUGC